AUGGAAUCUGGGAGAAGGGGAUGGAAUUUGGGAGAAGGGGAUGGAAUGAGGGAGAAGGGGAUGGAAUCGGGGAGAAGGGGAUGGAAUCUGGGCGAAGGGGAUGGCAUCAGGGAGAAGGGGAUGGAAUCUGGGAGAAGGGGAUGGAAUCUGGGAGAAGGGGAUGGAAUUUGGGAGAAGGGGAUGGAAUCGGGGAGAAGGGGAUGGAAUCUAGAAGAAGAGAAGGGGAUGGAAUCUGGGAGAAGGGGAUGGAAUCUGGGAGAAGGGGAUGGAAUCUGGGAGAAAAGGAUGGAAUCUGGUAGAAGGGGAUGGAAUCUGGAAAAAGGGGAUGGAAUCAGGGAGAAAGGGAUGGAAUCUGGGAGAAAGGGAUGGAAUCUGGGAGAAGGGGAUGGAAUAUGGGAGAAGGGGAUGGAAUCUGGGAGAAGGGGAUGGAAUGUGGGAGAAGGGGAUGGAAUCAAGGAGAAGGGGAUGGAAUCAGGGAGAAGGGGAUGGAAUCUGGGAGAAGGGGAUGGAAUCUGGGAGAAGGGGAUAGAAUCUGGGAGAAGGGGAUGGAAUCUGGGAGAAGGGGAUGGAAUAUGGGAGAAGGGGAUGGAAUCUGGGAGAAGGGGAUGGAAUCUGGGAGAAGGGGAUGGAAUCUGGGAGAAGGAGAUGGACUCUGGGAGAAGGGGGUGGAAUCUGAGAGAAAGGGAUGGAAUCUGGGAGAAGGGGAUGGAAUCUGGGAGAAGGGGAUGGAAUCUGGGAGAAGGGGAUGGAAUAUGGGAGAAGGGGAUGGAAUCUGGGAGAAGGGGAUGGAAUCUGGGAGAAGGGGAUGGAAUCUGGGAGAAGGGGAUGGAAUCUGGGAGAAGGGGAUGGAAUCUGGGAGAAGGGGAUGGAAUAUGGGAGAAAAGGAUGGAAUCUGGUAGAAGGGGAUGGAAUGUGGAAAAAGGGGAUGGAAUCAGGGAGAAAGGGAUGGAAUCUGGGAGAAAGGGAUGGAAUCUGGGAGAAGGGGAUGGAAUAUGGGAGAAGGGGAUGGAAUCUGGGAGAAGGGGAUGGAAUGUGGGAGAAGGGGAUGGAAUCAAGGAGAAGGGGAUGGAAUCAGGGAGAAGGGGAUGGAAUCUGGGAGAAGGGGAUGGAAUCUGGGAGAAGGGGAUAGAAUCUGGGAGAAGGGGAUGGAAUCUCGGAGAAGGGGAUGGAAUAUGGGAGAAGGGGGUGGAAUCUGAGAGAAAGGGAUGGAAUCUGGGAGAAGGGGAUGGAAUCUGGGAGAAGGGGAUGGAAUCUGGGAGAAGGGGAUGGAAUAUGGGAGAAGGGAUGGAAUCUGGGAGAAGGGGAUGGAAUCUGGGAGAAGGGGAUGGAAUCUGGGAGAAGGGGAUGGAAUCUGGGAGAAGGGGAUGGAAUCUGGGAGAAGUGGAUGGAAUGUGGAAGAAGGGGAUGGAAUUUGGGAGAAGGGGAUGGAAUCUGGGAGAAGGGGAUGGAAUCAGGAAGAAGGGGGUGGAAUCUGGGAGAAGGGGAUGGAAUGAGGGAGAAGGGGAUGGAAUCGGGGAGAAGGGGAUUGAAUCAGGGAGAAGGGGAUGGAAUCUGGGAGAAGGGGAUGGAAUCUGGGAGAAGGGGAUGGAAUCUGGGAGAAGGGGAUGGAAUCUGGGAGAAGGGGAUGGAGUCUAA